AUGCCGACAGCCGGGAGCCCGCCCGCUGCCCUGCACCAGAGCCCCACAGCAUCUGCCCGCCUCCUUCCCCUCAGAGAGUCCCCAAAUGCCCCUGGCCCUGCCUUCCCGGGCAGCCCCAAACACAAGCCCCACUUCCUGUCCAGGAGUAGCGGCUAUGUGGGCAUCCAGCUGGCGGUGCCUUCACCAGAACCCCCCGCGCCGCCUGCUCACCCCAAGCCCUCCCAGACCCACAAGCCUCCUGGGAGCCUGUGGGCCGGGGCAGCACCCACGGUCCAGACUGCCAGCCGCGUCCAGGAGCCGGAGCGCCGGAGGAGGGACGCGCCGUCCAGAGGACACCAGCCAUCAGAGGGGAAGGCCCCCGGGCACCGCCCCACUCUGAAGAUGCUGACCACAGAGACGGCCACCAGGGAGCCCCACUCCAAAGUUCACGUCCCAAACAUCAACGGCUGCCACUUCCAGCCACCUCUGUGUCCGCCCCCUCCCCGCCACGGGCCGCCAGGCCCUCGCCCACGGGGCCCACUUCCAGAACCCAGCACUCGAAAGGCCGGAGGCCACCGUGGAGGAGGAGGCCCAGCUCCCAGCAAGCAGCAGCUGCACGUGGCACAGGAGGGAGCCGUGGGCAGCCCGGAACCACGUGGCACCGCACCACAGGCUUUGCUCCCCUUCGAAAGACCAGGGCCGGAAGACCGGCCCCGGGUUCCUGAGCCCAGGGCACCCCUGAGGGACAGCAGCCUCGAGAACGAGCCAGGUGCUGCCGCCCGUCAGGGGAAGCCCGGGGCCCGGCCUGGGCGGCCCAUCCCCAACUCUGCGCUCGGGGGAGCUCAGACCUCAGAGGCAGGGGUGUGGGGUGGAGCCCCGGGAACACCCUUGGAAGACUCCUUGCCACGGUUCUUAUCCCCUGUCCCACCAGGGCGGCUCUACGGUGACGAUCCCGAGACACCCCCGUGCGGCCCGGUGCUCCCAGGCUCCUUCCAGCAGCCUUCACCGAAGAACGCGGGGGCCCCACACCUCGCUCUCACCUCCUUCUAUUUCCUUGACUCAGGCUCCAGCCAAGGUACCACCCAACCCUGGAAUGACCCUAUUGAAAUGCCAACGGGCCUCCUGGGAGGGACGGGCACCACAGGGGGCCACAGGAGCAGGGACAAGGUGAUUCGUUGGAAGGGGAAGGCAGUGCCCGCUGCCUGA